CUGCCAGACUAAAACUUCUUGGCAGUGCUCCGCUGCGUCGGGAUCUGGGACCCAAAUCAACUGAAACAAAACUUGUGACAGGAGAAAAGUUGAUGCCGGAGUUUUUAAAGACUUCAGACGGCAACAUGAAGUCCAAACUAAACAUGGAGAGACUGAGCAAGCCGGAGCUGCUGAUGCUGUUCAGUGUCCUGGAGGGAGAGCUGGAGGCCCGGGAUUUGGUCAUCGAAGCCCUCAAGGCCCAGAGGAAGGAUCUGUUUGUCCAGGAGCGCUACGGGCGGUACAACCUCAGCGACCCAUUCCUGGCGCUGCAGCGGGACAGUGAGGUCAUGGGAGGCCAGAAGGAGCAGAGGGACCAGGGCUACUCCUCGUCCAACUCCAACCCUCUGGUGGUUCUCAAACUGGUGGUCAGCCACUGCAGGAGGAUGCAGGACAAGAUGCUGGCCCAGCUGGCAGCGGCCGAGAGCAGGCACAGGAGAGUUAUUGCAGAUCUAGAGGAGGAGAAGAGGAGGCAUGCUGAGGACACAGCUGAGGGAGAUGAUGUGACCUACAUUUUAGAAAAAGAAAGAGAGCGUUUACAACAACAGCUGGAGUUUGAGCGCAGUCAGGUGAGGAGGCUGGAGAAGGAGCAGAGGCGUCUCACAGAGCAGUUGGAAGAGGAGAGGGCUCAGCAUAAGCAGCUCUCCUGUGCUCUGGCCAAAGAGUGUAAGUGGGCCAGUGCCAGAGCUCUGGAGGAGGGACACAGACUCUCAGAGACCAGCCGCAAACUCGACAAGGAGCGCGAGUCCUGUCACACCCUGAAGAGGGAGCUGGAGGAGGAGCGCAGGAAGGCUCUGAGGAUGGAGGCUCGGGUGGAGGAGCAGUUGGCUGAGUUUGACACAGAGAGAGAACAACUCAGGUCACGACUCAAGAAGGAGGAGGCCCACUGCUGUCAGCUACAACUACAGGUGGAGGAGCUGAGGAGGAAGUUAGCGGAUGUGACCAGCACUACAGUGUCUGACUGUACAAUACCAGCUGAGGACAAAGGACAGGAAUGGGCCACUAAAGUUCCUUUUACUAAACAGGUCCACAUGAAGGUAGAAGAUCUGGAGGAGGACCGAACCCACCUCCAACCAUGUGUGAAGAUCAACGGUCACCAUGAACCAAUCCCGGAUAAAGUUCACCUUCAGAACGGAACUGACACCCAAAGUACUAUUCUCCCUCCCCUCUCUCCAUCCACAUCUCCAAACCUCACCAGACACCCUACAUCCACAUCUACAUCUGCAUCUAGCCCCACUUCCUAUCAGUCUCCAUACCAGGCUGGAAUCCACCAACGAUUCCACGCCGCUCGCCACAAAUUCCAAAGCACUUCCGAGACCGAACCUGCCCUUUCCUCCCCAUUGAAGGAGCAACUAUCUACUGCCAGUCCUCCUGAAGCUAGCCCAGUAAAACAGCUAGCCCGCAGCACCGUAACACAAGUCCUGUCCCGCUUCACCAGUGCACAACCCAAGCUAACAACGCCCAAUCCCUCUCCAUUUGGGACGGAUUAUCGCAACCUGGCCACACCCCUGUCUCCAGUGAUUGGGCGAGCAACUGGCGCAUUGCAGCAGGGUAUAAGGUCACCCACUAUUGCCAGGGCCGAGAGGGGCAUACCGCCACCUAUCCCGCCAAAGAAACCCGGGUUAGCACAAGCUCCACCCUCGCCCGCUACAACACCUAAGUCUGGAGGGCAUCUGUCUGACAGUUCUAUGACAGGAAGCUGUGGGCUCAUUUCAGGUCAGGAAGGGGUCAAAGAGAUGGAUAUGGUGGUGUCGUCCAGCUAAGAUUUGGUUUGAAUGAAAGAAAAUGGACUAUGACUUUAAAAUACUUUGCUGCUCUGCUUAUGAUGUCAUUUAAUUUCACUUCACAAUAACUACACCUCUAAUUAGCCUUAAAGUAUGAAGAAAGACUUAAUUGAUAAUGAAUAGUGUAUUCUUAUUCAGGCUUAGUCUUAGUAACUACUUAUUUAAUAUCCUAAGGCCUAACCAAUUGAUUAAGUAGUUACUAAGUGUGAAUCAUUCUUAAUAAACUAUCAAUAGACUGUUUGUUCAUUAUGAAUAAGUUGCACUAUACAACUUUACAGGUGGAGAGUCUGCCACUUACUUGUCUCCAUGAUACUGUUUUGCUUGGAGUGUACCACAGAAUGGCAUUAAACAUAUCUAUCUCCAUGGAGACAAGCCGGUGAUGCCUCUUGAUCAAGUCAGAUUGGAGAAGUGACCAUGCUUACAGUAAAAAUGCAAGUCAAGUAACAAAACACUUGCAGUUGAAUAAAUUAAUUUUCCAAUUUUCUAAGCAAAGCAAUAACAUCUCCAUGAAGAGAAGCAGGUGGUGGAUAUCCACCAGAGAAGUUACAUAGUGCACCUUUAAGGCUAAUUAAGGUGUAAUUAUUUUAUAAUCUAUCCAGCCAUUGAAAAUUAACUGAGACUCUUUCCAACCCAAGAAUGUACACAAAGAUACUACUUUUACCCUCAUAAUAGUACAUAUUAUGAUAUUUUUCACAAUACUUUUAUAAUAUUAACAAAGAUGGAUCACAUUAUCUUGCUAAUUAAUUUCUUCUUCAGCACCAUUCCUUGUGUAAAUAAGUACUUGUAGUAGUACUUUGACCAAUGUACAUUGUCAAGUAGUUUUAAUGGACACUCACAUUAGAGUAGCCCUUUUUAAAAGUUGUAAAUAAGUAUGUUUAAAAUACUUAAAUAGUGUUUUUACAUCAGAUACUGGGUAUAUGUUUACUCAAAGUCAUUGAGUAGUUCACCUUAUUGUAAUACUUUUGGAUGAAAGACCAAUGCACUUAUAUACAUUGUUUUAUAUUAAAUACAAUCAGAUGAUGGCUUUGUUUAUCAUUCCUUUAAACAUGCUGGAUUAUUAAAAUUAACAUAUUUAAUAAAUACUGUAUGAAUGUAUUAAAC